UCCCCAUCAAGUGGAUGGCGCUGGAGUCCAUCCUCCGCCGGCGCUUCACGCACCAGAGCGACGUCUGGAGCUACGGUGUCACCGUGUGGGAGCUGAUGACGUUCGGGGCGAAGCCGUACGACGGGAUCCCCGCGCGGGAGAUCCCGGACCUGCUGGAGAAGGGGGAGCGGCUCCCGCCGCCGCCCAUCUGCACCAUCGACGUCUACAUGAUCAUGGUGAAAUGCUGGAUGAUCGACUCCGAGUGCCGGCCCAAGUUCCGGGAGCUGGUCACCGAGUUCUCCCGCAUGGCCCGGGACCCCCAGCGCUUCGUGGUCAUCCAGAACGACCUGGUGGGGCUGCCAGGCUCCAUGGACAGCACCUUCUACCGGGCGCUGCUGGAGGAGGAGGACAUGGACGACCUGGUGGACGCCGAGGAGUACCUGGUGCCUCACCACGGCUUCUUCAGCGCCGACACCUCCACCACCUACCGCAGCCGCAUCUCCUCCAUGCGGAGCACAGCAGAGUCUCCGGCCAAGGUGGAGGAGGGCGAGGGCUUGUCCUCCUUCCCCUUCCCUGCCCAGGGCCUGGCGGAGGGGCCGGAGAGCCCUGUGCCCGAGGUGCCAGAGGGGGAUGGGGGGGUCAAGGCAGCCCUGCAGAGCCCCCCGGGGCGGGAGCCCGGCCCCCUGCCCCGCCACGCCGUGGAGAACCCCGAGUACCUGGCACCGCCCCCCGGGCCCUUCAGCCAGGCCUUCGACAACCCCUACUACUGGAACCAGGACCCCCCCAAGGGCGGGGGGCCCGAGGGUGGUCCCAGCACGACGCCCACGGCCGAGAACCCCGAGUACCUGGGCCUGGCCGGGCCCGACGCCAACGCCGUGUGA